CCCGACAUCCGAGCUUGAAGCUCUCCUCUUUUCUCUCUCUAGCCAUGGCCGGCCGUCCACCGAUCUCCCUUACCGGAGCGUUGUCGGCCAAAUCCUCGCGCCACUAAAUCCGCCCCGUCGAGGUGAUUCCAUUUUGCCCCUUUCCCCCUUCCCUUUUCUUUUGAAUCAAACCACCACCGCUACUCUAUUUACUGCCGCGGCCGAGCUUUUGUCGCCGCCGUUCCAGCCACUCACCUCUUCCCCUCUUCCUUCCACAUACCUCCCCGAGUUCUCAAUGUUCGGGAACACACUUUACCACCGCCGUCGAGGCCGUUCCAUCAUCAGUGCAUCGGCGCCCUAUUCUCUCUCUCCCCUCUGUUACCGGGCUGGAAGGAGGAGAAGAAAGAAAGUGACGGGAGGAAGAAGAGGAGGAGAGAGAAAGAAAAGAAAAAGAAUAGAAAGGCUGACAGGUGGCAUCAAGGAAGAAGAACAAGCUCUCGCCUCUGAAUCAAUGGGGAGUGGGGCUGAAACAUGCGCACGACAGCGGGCCUCAUGGGCAUGCUUGUGCACCUGCAGCGGAGCUGCGCCAAAGCGCUAAGCGCUAGCGGUGUCUUGACAUAUACUCUGUAUGUUGUCAUCAUCCAAACACCCCCGGUGGUACUUGGAUCAUGGACUAAACUGUCCCUGUCCUAUCGGAUGUUUGAAAAUUAAUUUAGAGUAAUAAACAUAGACUACAUACAAAACUAAUUACAUAAAUGAGAGCUAAUUCGCGAGACAAUUUUUUUAAGCCUAAUUAAUUUAUAAUUAGAGAAUGUUUACUGUAGCAUCACGCGGGCUAAUCAUGGAUUAAUUAUGCUCAAUAGAUUCAUCUUGCGAAUUAGUCCAGAGUUAUGAAAUAGGUUUUGUCAGUAGACUAUAUUUAAUACUUCUAAUUAGUAUCAAACAUCCGAUAUGACGUGUACUGAAAAAUUUUUAGCCCCAUCCAAACACCCCCGAUAUGCGUCACUGUAUUGUGCCAGAUAGAUGAAUAUAUCUGUUUAAAAAUUUCAGUCCCUUAACAACUGACAAAAGGACAUUUCAAUUAAUUAUACAAAAGGACAUUUCAACUGUUAAGUGUGCAUGGAUAUGCGAAGGGACGAACAGUAGCUAGUACUACACUAGAGAUUUUUUUUUUAAGUACAGUAAAGGUCUAGAUCUUUGAAAGACAUACACCACACCAUAAAUAGAGCACGGUACCAAGCUAAUGAGUACUGAGCAGUCGAGCUAGUGCCCAGCCUUGCGUUGAACAUCACAUUACGUACGUUUCAGCAAGCAGGUGCUCGAUCGAUCGGCCAUGGCACCGCCCACGGUGCUCAACUCCGGCGAGCCCGACGCCCGACGCCGCGAGCGGCCGCACGUCGUCUUCAUCCCGAGCGCCGGCAUGGGCCACCUCCUCCCGUUCUUCCGCUUCAUCGGCGCGCUGUCCUCCCACGACGUCGACAUCUCCGUCGUCACCGUCCUCCCCACCGUGUCGGCCGCCGAGGCCGACCACUUCGCCCGCCUCUUCCACGACUUCCCCAGCAUCCGCCGCGUCGACUUCAACCUGCUGCCGCUCGACGCCUCCGAGUUCCCCGGCGCCGACCCGUUCCUGCUCCGGUGGGAGGCCCUGCGCCGCUCCAUGCACCUCCUCGCCCCGGCCAUCGCCGGCGUCGCCCCGCGCGCCACGGCCGUCGUCACCGACGUCACGCUGGUGUCCCACGUGAACCCCAUCGCCAAGGACCUUCGCCUCCAGUGCCACGUGCUGUUCAUCUCAUCCGUGACCAUGCACUGGUGGAGAAACCAUCUUUCGUCGGUCGGCCGAUUUCCACAGUAGUCCCGGAUGCAAUAAAAACCGGGGCUAAAGAUGUUCUUUAGUCCCGGUUCAAAAGGGUAACGGGCAUAUUUGA